GGUUGCUCACACGAAAAUGAGUGAUGAUUUUCCCAGACAAAGCAUAUCUGAUGGAUUUCAUUUAUCACACAGGAUUAGAAAGCUAGUGUUUUUGGAUCAGUGUCGCAUGGUGGAAUACAAUUUAGAUUGAUUUUUUUCUUUUCCUUUGUGUGAUCAAGAAUUUAAAUAUUGCAUGAAGUUCAGCAGUAUUGAAAUACAAGAGGAUGAAUGGAAUAUGGUAGCCAUGGUGCCUUAUUGAUACAUUACAUGUGGGUGAAUAUCCGGCCAGUCCCGAAACAGGAAGCUUUACGAUGAACAGGAAAUGGUUCAGUGCAGCGUACAGUAGAGUGAUUAUGACUCUCCAAAUGUAGGGCAAGAAAAGUGGAAAAUGUGAGCUGUUUUUGAUGAAAAUCUGAAGAAUUAUAAGUGGAUUAAAAUGGACAUGACAGUCAAAACACUACUGGAUGAGACAGUUCAUGGACUAUUACAGAUCAGUCCAGGUGUGUGUAGUCUGCACUGUUAACGCAGGUGCUUUUGGGUGACGUAUAUGUUUUACUUAUGUGAGAUUUUUGUGUCAUGUGAUCAUUAUCAACUGAAAAUUAUUUAAUAACAUCAAUAUCCGUAAUCAACAUGGAUAAAUUUGGUGUGCAUUUGAAAUCCACUGGAUUAUCAAACACCAGGGAGAAAGAAAAGACAAGGCAGACAACAACUCGGAAAAAUCAACCUACAAAUAUGAAAGAUCUCAAAAGUAUGUUUGAAAGCAAGUCAGAAGGAACUAAAGAUUCCACCAGUGCCCCGGUUUCCAUGGGAACAGACUUCAAAAGUAGAUCUUACACUAUUCAUAAAACUGUGUCCAAAAAACACAGCAGUGAUAAAAGUGCCAAAGAUGAAGAGGACCUUUCAUUGUUUUCUCAAUUCAAAUUCAGUAUUGAUGCCAAUAAAAAUACAACGCUGGAGAGAACUAAUAGCUCAGAUAGUUGUCACAGUAUUGGUAGUCCUAGAAGUGUUAGAAAAACAAGCAAAGAUGACUCAACCAAAGCACAGGUAGUCAAGUCUAAAGUCAUGACCUCUUCUUCCAAAACAUUUCAAGCUUCUGUUGAUAGUAAGAUUCACAGAGUGAAUUCACGUGAAGAGAAUUCCCUCAAACAAAAGGCCACUUCAGACCUUAUUGGAAAUUUGGCCAUCUUGCGAACUCUUCCUGGAGGUAGUAAAAAAUCCGACACAUCUACUUCAUCCCUUCAGAGUGAAACAUCUAAAGUAAAUGAAAUCUCCAAAGAAACAUCAAGUUUACUAAAGGAAAAGAAAACAUCAUCUACAGAUAGUGUCAAUUCAAAUAAAGACGUUGGUCAGAAAAACAGUGUUCCAAGGACCAAAGAAUUUCCUAUUUCAAAAUCUGCCGAUAAAAGUUCAGAUGUCGGUAAAUUAAGUGGGGAAAGUAAAUUAACAAGACAAAAAGAAUUGGGGUCUUCUUUGAGUCCUAAAGCAAGUGAUAAAAAAUUCCAAAGUGAUUUUGGACUAAGUUAUAAUAAAAAGCCAGACGUUAGUGUGUCAUCUGGACCAGGCCUUAGUCGUCAGUCCAGCACAGACUCAAUAACCUCAGAGAAGUCAAGUCCAAGGUUGUCUCUGAAAAGUAAGGGUAAAUUAAACCUGGAUCAGUCAACUGCAUCAGAUACUGGGUCAUCUGGAAGCCUGAGUCCAAGGAUCAAGUCCUUCAGUCCAGAAGUAAAAGUCGAUGAGAAACCGGAAUGGAUGGAGAAGAGUAAAGAACUUGUUAACAAGUUCCAGACCAAGUUAAAGAAGCCUGUGAUUUCUGACUUCUCUGUCAUUGUGACAACAAGUAGUGUAUCUGGAGAAACAACCAAAUCUUCCACUGCAUCCUCAUCCACAUGGCCAUCUAAAUCAUCCACAACUCCACAUAAAACUGACACUGUUACAAACACAUCUUCCACAUUUACCAAAACCAAUGUUUCUAGAACUGAUUCAGGCAAAAAGAGUGACUUGCAUGGUUAUAAAGAGGGUCUGCUUAGUAAGGAAGCAAGCAGCAGUAAAGAGUUUUUGGAAAAGUUCUCAAAAGACAAGGAACUAAAAGAGGAGAAGGCUGAAAAACAAUUAUUGUCUCGUAAAACUAGUUCAGAACAAUUUCAGAAACUUAAAGGGGGAUUUGAACAGUCUGAUGAUGCUUCUAAAUCUACACAACCAAAACCCAAAAUUGAAAUGCCGAACUCAAAUCAGUUUCUCGAAAGAAGAAAUUCAUUUGAAAAGCCAAAACCUGCAGAUACUGCAAAAUGUACAACUCUUAAGAACCUAAAAAAUGAUGGUAAAAUUAUUGGUGUGAAGGAUAGAAUAAGUGCUUUGAAUGAAGGCAAGGGUGAGGUUGUGGAUGAAAGAUUCAAACAUAAAGUACAAACACAGAAGUCAACAGAGAAGAGUUCCAAAGAUUCAGACCAGGAAUAUCAUGAUGUAGCAGUGAACCGAGCUGGGACGACCAAUGACUGGCCAACAUCAGACAGUGAAAGUGACGAGAAUAUGUACGAAUGCAUUCCAGCCACUGAUCCCAGCAAGCAGGUGGAAGAGGUAUCAGAACCUCGACUGACCAGAAAGCAUGGGCAGAAAAGGAAAGGUAAUAAUCGACCAAGUUUUGACCUUGACCAUAAUAUAAACGACAGUUCAUCUGAGGUCACCACAGAGGCAGGAGAUAGCAGCAGCAAGGAAGGCACACUGGAGAGUACUGAAGAUUAUUAUCUGUGGAUUUGUGGCCUCAUUCGACAGGGCACUGGUAUAGAGGCAGAUGUUGAGGAGUAUGAUUCUGAUGGGAGUGGAAGUUCGGGGAUUUAUGAGCCAAUAGAUCCCAACUGGGAGUCCCAUAAACCUUCCCAGGAUUCCACAGGACAGGAAGAACCUCCUGUUUUGCCACCAGGUAGAGGACGUCACAAGAAAAAGGACGGCAAAACAAUUGGUAAAAAGCUUAAAAAAUUCAAAGAGAAACUAGGCUCAAAUGCAACAAAACAGAACGAAGGAAGUCUUCCAAAAGUUUCUUCUACAUCCUCCAUCACAUCAAAUAGCUCUUCCUCGGGAUUGUUAAAAAAAGUGGGUAAAAUUAUGAAGAAAUCAAAAGUGAAUGGUGCCCAACUAAGGAAUGGUGAGGACCCUGAGGAAAUUAGAGUGUGUAACAGUGCAACAGACUCUAGUGAUGUUAAUGAGGACAUUUAUGAGGAUGAACCUGUUCAGUUACGUGCUCAUAUAGGCUCCUCAGGAGGUGAGGACAAUUCUGGCUCAGACAUUUAUGAACAACAUAUUGAAGUUGACAACUUAGAUCGGGCUCCCUCUCGACCCCCACCCCCUCCCCCUACUGCCCCACCAGCUCCUCCUGUACCCCCAAGGCUAUCACUUCCUCCAGUGCCAGAUAAAGAUGUACCUCCCCCACGACCCCCAUCCACGGGGAAGUUAAAGUCACCAGGGGAGGACACACCUGCUCUUCCACCAAGGAACAGGAUAUCUGGAAACUUCAAUCUGGAUAUGGUGGUCCCUAUCAGUCCUGGAGGACGUUCAGGGCCAACAUGGCACCCAGCCCCAGAAAGCUACUUGCAUGGUCACAAUGUGAAAGGAUCUAAGUUUAAUGACCAGGUAGAUGGGGGUGGAUCCAGCAGUUCAUCAGAUGAAGCUCAGAGUGGCAUGAUCAGGACAAGUAUGGAUUACAUUGAGCCCGACCCCCCAGUUAAAGGUCAUGGGACAGUGAUUCGACAAGAUUCUGUACCCCAGGAACCUGCCCCACCCAUUCCGCCACCACCUGUCAUGAGAAACAGACAAAAAGAGCCCCUGGAAAAACGACCCUCGUCAGGGUAUGCAGGGUUUAAAGAAACACCACAGAACUCUGUUACUGCUCCAUUUGAAGACCUCCUUAACUACAAACGACACCUGGACAUCAAGGAAAUCGAAGAUGAUAUAGUGUACAUAGAUAUGAGUGAUGACCAGCUGUAUGGAACACUGGAUAGAAGAUUCACAUCUAAGUUUGAGUCAGAACCAUUGUAUCAAUGUUACCACAGAGACAAGGUGUCAAAGUCUACCCGACGACAUACAGAGAUGAUAGUCAGUGAAGAUGAAGAUGAGGAACCAGUUCAAAUGACCAAGCCAGAUCGUGGGGAGCGGAUCUAUGAGGCAGUAGAAGACAUUGAUGAGACUCCGAAGAAGAAGUUGUCUACUCUGGAGAUGUUUGGGAAGACUGGCUCUGUGCUCCGGGCUCUCUGGGCAGAAAUGCCUGAGGUAAAAGAAAGUGGAGUUUUGGAGAAAGUGUCACCACAUGAAAGGAAGAUCCAAGAGGCAAUGUUUGAGAUUAUCACAUCUGAGGCUUCCUACCUAAAGAGUUUGAAUGUCUUGAUUGAUGUAUUCCUCAUGUCCCCAGAAUUCUCUUCCGAACACUCUGACCGAUGUGUCAUCACUAGACAGGAACGCCAUGUGCUCUUCUCCAACAUUGGUUCCGUGAGGGACACCAGUGAAAAUUUCCUAUGUGACUUGGAGGCGAGCUGGCAAAAAUCUGUCUUUCUAUCAGAUCUCUGUGAUAUUAUUUAUAAACAUGCUGCUAACAAGUUUGAGUGCUAUAUUCGGUAUUGCACUAACCAGACAUUCCAAGAGAGAGCCACACAGGAACUCCAAAAGCGACCAGAAACAGCGGAGGUGAUCAAGCGUCUGGAGAGGAACCCUGCUUGUCAGGGCCUCCCUAUGAUCUCCUUCCUCCUGCUUCCGAUGCAGAGAAUCACACGGCUCCCUCUACUGGUGGACGCCAUUUGUCACAGGCUGGAUCCAGACACUCCUAAACACAAGUCAGCUUGUAAAGCUCUGGACGCUCUUAAUAAGGUUGUCAAGAAAUGUAAUGAUGGAGCUAAACGUAUGCAGCAAACUGAACAAAUGUGCCAUCUUGCUCGUAACCUGGAGUUCAAAGUCAAAGAAAUCCCCCUUAUCUCAGCAUCACGUUUUCUGGUGAAGCAAGGGGAGCUAACUCGUAUAGUAACAGAUUCAACAAGUCGAAUUCCCUUUGGAAAGAGAGCUUCCAGCAAACAGCCGGUGUACAUCUACUUGUUUAAUGAUUUACUGAUUGUCAGUAAACGGAAAAAAUGUAGAAGUUCGUAUUCCUUCACUCCUCAGAAUAUAUCCGUAUUGUUUAACAACACAUAUGUGGUGACAGACUAUGCUAAGAGGAAUGCUCUUCAUGUGGAGAAUAUUGAUACCCCAGAGAAAGCCAGACUUCUACCAAGCGGUGUCCCAAGUGGUAUGAAGAAUCUAUUUAUAGUAGCACUGCUUGAGAACCAUGAACAGCGACAGGUGGAGCUGGUCCUCAGCUGUAAAUCUCCGAGUGACAGAACACGAUGGAUUGAUGCACUCUCACCCACUGCCAAAGAAUCUGACAGCGAGAAAAUUUAUGAGGAGUGGGAUUGUCCACAGGUACAGUGUAUAAAGCGAUUUAAUGCCACAGAACCUGAUGAAUUAGGGCUGGAGGAAUCCGAUGUUGUCAAUGUCUUCAAGAAAAUGGGUGAUGGUUGGUACGAAGGUGAGAGAAUUCGUGAUGGGGAGAAGGGCUGGUUCCCUUCAGAUCACACAGAGGAGAUCAUGAACUCACAUGUGAGAUCGAGAAAUCUCAGACUGAGAUAUCGUCUCAUGUUAGCCUCCUCACAGGAAUAUAGCAAUGCAAGUGUUCAGGGUGGAAUGAUCAAAACAUGAAAAACUUUAAUGUGUGGAUGGAUGCCAUUUACAGUUGUAACAGAAAUGGUUCAGGAUGUGUGUAGGAACAGGGCCCUGAUACAUGUUUAUCAAGGUGUGUUCAUUUCAUAAAUAGAUUCAUGACAAAAUCAUGUUCUACAACACAUUUUGGUGGUGAAACGAUGACAUGCUGACUAAAAUAUUCUGUGAUUUUGCAAACUUAUGGUGCUUAUGGGCUUUUGUGUGUGUGUGAGAGACAUGUGCAAAUCCUGCUUGUUUUGUAUUUACAUUUUCAACACAAAUUUAAAAAUUUCAUGUAAAAUGAAUAUCAAAGUACUUAUACACUAUGAGGUAGACAUAACAAGAAGAUUUUGUCUACAACUAGAAAGCCAAAGAGUGAUCUGCCUUACUUAUCAUUUGAUGGCAGACCGAGAAGUGCCACAGAAAUCAGUUUCUCAAAAUGUGUCAGACUCCAUGUUCUCUGGUCUGUAAGACCGCAGUGUGUGUAUGCUAUGUUGUAAAAGUGAGGAAUUUUUUUUUUUUUACCAAAUUAUUUAAUAAUCUGGGAAGAACAUGUUUUAUUAAUUGAUUGAUUCAGAACUUUUUGUAUUACAUGUAUUACUGUUGUAUACUCAACUUUGUGAUGAGAGAUUCAGACUUGCUCAUUAACCUCGUACUUUAGUGAAAAAGUACUUUGAUUAGUACAUACUGGUUUUUAUUGUAAUAUAGCACAAGUAGCUAGUUAUAGAUAGAAAUGUCAUAAUUUGUUUAUAUUUUUGUUUUGUCACUUGUGAGUUUACAUUCCGUGUAUUGGGCUAUGAACUAAAGAGAGAUUACCCUAGUCAUAAUCAGUUUGCAGUGUUAAUGCUGUAUAAGAUGAUGAAAUGUGUGCAGGCUUUUUUACAUUAAUCAAGACUGUCUUAUCCUCAUUAUCACCUGCUAAUCUCUGUGAAAUGCUAGUUUGUAUAAGUGCAUUUUUAUGGGGGUAAAUAUUUUGUACACAAAUACAUUGAACAGCCAUCCAUGUGAUCCACUGACGGUGCUUUAUAUCACAUCCAUCAAGUAAAUUCAUUUUAGAGAAAAACAACUUUAAUUUUUAGAAUGAAUAAAUCAUAUCUUUUCACCACAUUUAUCUAAAAUAUCAUGUACAGUUUUAUGUUUUUUAUUUUGGUUCUGUCAGCAAUUCUCAGAUUUAUGAAAACAUAUUCAUUAAAGUUACUGACUGUUUUUAUAUCAUUGUAAUUCUUUUCGGGUACCUUCAGACUUAAACUAAUUUACAGGCAAUAUUCUAUUUUAUGUAAAGCUUUUAUUUCUUAUAUGGU